CCUAUUUACCGGGGAGCAGCCCCAACCUGGAAAGCCCCAAGGGCCAAGGCAAUGUCCAGAUCACUGACCUUCAGGCCUCCAUCGUUCCUUUCUUCGGGGUGAAACCGGCUUCUCGUCCUUGUAUUAUAGAAUAUACCUUCCCACCUUCAGCCCCGUGCCAGGCAGGAUUGCUCAGCUGGUAACAACCACGAUCAACAUUGCCUGGGCGUGACUUCCGUGCUGGCAAUAUCUGGCCUUGGCAGUUGCUUGGGGCUCAUUGACAGCGGCCCAUCACGGAUACUUUGCCAACAAUGCUUCUUCCCUUCCAUUCUCUUUUUCAUUCCUAAGAAGCAAUUACCAAGGACCUAGGUACCUACCUAAGACUUAUUGGUAGAGGUACCUCAGUCCCUUCCCUCGCUGCCAACGCGUGCAAAGGAUGCAGAUUCUGGCAGGGCCGCCUUCAGCAUUAUGGGGGCUUUCGCUACAGUUGCCUUUGUCAUAUGUGGCAUCUCUUUUAUGACCUUUGUGACCUUCUUUGGAAGGCUCCCUGCUCUGAGACGCACCCCGAUCCCCUGGCUGCAUCGCCUUAUAUGGAUUUAUAUUCCAAAUGGUGUCCUGGCCCUCGACCAGAGGCUCACCUCUGGAAAGCUAACGUCUUCGAUCGCGAGAUUCGGGAACUAUAUCAUGUAUGAUAGACAUCCCACGGUUUUGAUUUUCUUCUUCCUGUUGCUCUUUGUAUCGGAAGUCUUGUAUCUCCCCGUUGCCUGGCCGCAGCUGGGGGUUUUCCAUCAAAUUGCCGCUUCGAUAGCCAUCAUCCUCCCCUAUAUCUUCCUCUACCUCUCCGCCGCCGGCGAUCCGGGGACCAUCGAGCCUGGGAACCAUGCGGACUCGAUGGCUCUCUACCCGUAUGACUUCACCCUCUUCCACCCGGGUAACGAGUGCCACACCUGCCGCCUGCUCAAGCCCGCCCGCUCGAAGCACUGCAGCAUCUGCAAGCGGUGCAUUUCCAAGUCGGACCACCACUGCAUCUUCAUCAACAACUGCGUCGGCUCCAACAACCAGCGCUGGUUCGUCCUCCUGCUCCUGACCACCGGCAUCCUCACCGCCUACGGAGCCGCCCUGGGCAUGGGGAUAAUGAUAGCCAAGAUGCGCACCCGCUACCCGUACUGGGCUCUCUGGCCGCGCCACGCAAACGAUGGCGCUGGCAUGGAGAUAAAGGAGUACCUCAUCAUCUGGAGCUGGGGCCUGCAAGGCAACGCCGCCAUGGGCUCCGUGACGCUGCUUGCGUUACUUACCAGCCCCCUGGUCUGGGGGCUACUGAUCUACCAAGUCUGGCUGAUAUACUGCGGGACGACGACCAACGAGACCCUCAAAUGGUCCGAUCUGCAGGCCGACAUGGACGACGGCUUCGCCUUCCGGCGCAAGAUGCCCCUGGACCGGGCUCGGGACCCGCGCAUCGAGCCCGCCUGGACGAGGUGGCCGGCCGAGCCGGAGCAGGUCCUCGUGAGGGCCGAGGACGGGAAGCCGCCGCUCGCGGACGCGAGCGUGCCUGGAGUCGGGGACUGGGAGCCCGUCUGGAAGCUUCGCGAUGUGGAGAACCUGUACGACCUGGGCUUCUGGGAUAACCUAGUCGACGUCUUCCUACCCGCCCAUACCUUUCGGGAGAAGGAUAUACCGAGGUCGGAGGGUGGAGGUUCGCGGCGCAGGAGGAGCGCUCGGGGUUGAUAGAGAUAUCUGAACAAGCUUCGGGGGCGAUCGGAGUCGGCCGGGCAAACCUCUUAGUUUCAUGUCAAACGGGGCAAAUGUGCCUAGCAAAAGUAUUGUUUCUCCCGGGUAGGAUCUGUAUGUGUUUUGAAUAUAGACAGGAGGAUAGUGUCGUUUGGUCUUCCAUAAAAUACAUGGGUAUCACAUAUGUUACAUCUAUGAGUGGUUUG